AUGGUGGAUGUUGGUGCUUAUGGCAAAGAAGGAGAUGCAGGAAUAUUCCAAAAAUCAAAAAUGGGCAAACUUAUCAAUGAAGGUGUCGUAUGCCCACAUCAAAAAACACUGCCUUCUGCGGAUAUGAAGCUUCCACAUGUCAUAGUAGGGGAUGAAGCGGUCAGGUUAGACAGACAUGUUAUGAAACCUUACCCUCACAAACAGUCCCUAGAAGAUAGGUAUAAAAGAGAAUAUAACUACGUUUUAAGCAGAUGUAGAAGAGUCACGGAGAAUGCUUUUGGCAUUAUGUGUUCAAUUUUUAGAAUAUUCUUCACGCCUAUCAACUUGAAACCAGACACCGUAGACUUAGUAAUAUUUGUAUGUUGUUGCCUUCACAACAUGUUAAGGAGUCACUUUUUGGCCUGUAAUCCCCCUAACUCUGAAGAUUUAGAUAAUGUUAAGUGGGAGAUGCCUGAAAAGAACAUGAUAAUUAUAGCCUGA